ACCGCACCCGCGAACCCCAAAAUUCGCUCCGCGUGCCCUCCCGAGCACGCGCGACGCCCCCGCCAUGGCGCGCGAUUCCCCGUCGCUCGACCAAAUCCUCUCCUCCUUCGCCUACAAACCCUCGGAGACGACGACGACGACGACGACGACGAAGAAGAAGAAGAAGAGGAGCGUCGGAGGCGGAGACGACGAUGAUGCUCCUCCGCCGCCGAUGAAGAGGCGGCGGCGCCGCCCUCGGCCGCCGUCGUCCCCCCCCGACGCCUCCCCCCCGAUCGUCCUCUACAAGAAGGAGCACUCCCAUGGAACCAAGCGGAGGAAGAUGACGACGACGAAGAAGCAGAAGCGGAACCCUAAGAACCCUAAGAACCACCCUAUUCCUAAUCUUAGCGGGGAUCGCGACGGCGUGGACGAUGACCACGACGGCGACGACGAUGAGGAUGUUGAUCGCGAUGUGAAGAAGCGGCGGAGGAGGAGCAAGCAGCGAUCGCAGCUCUCGGCGGCGGAGAAGAUGUCGGAGGCGUAUCGGAGAGUCGCCGCCGAGGAGGCGUGGGAGCCUCCAGCGUCGUGCCACAGCCUCCUCCAAGAGAGGCACUCGUUCGAUCCGUGGAGGGUUUUGAUCAUAUGCAUGCUCCUUAACAUCACCACUGGGGAACAGGUCCGGAGAGUACUCCCAGGCUUAUUCCUUCUUUGUCCUGAUGCUGAGACCACAACAAAAGUCCCUGCGGAGGAGAUAGAGAAGGUCAUACAGAGUCUAGGAUUGCAAAGAAAACGAGCGAGAAUGAUUAAGCAGUUCUCUCAGGAGUACUUGAGCAGUGACUGGACUCACGUCACUCAACUCCAUGGUAUAGGCAAAUAUGCUGCUGAUGCAUAUGCUAUUUUCUGUGUGGGCAAGCCAGAAGAAGUGGUUCCUCAGGACCAUAAAUUAAUUGAUUAUUGGAAGUUUGUUUGUGGCAAGGAUGGCUCCAAAGAAUGUGCCGCUGAACAAAAUUAGCCGACUGCUUAAUUAUGUUGUAAAGGACCUUAAAUUGCUUACCCGACGGUGUCUUGCCUAGGGGAGAUAGGAAUGACUCCGGCCCGGCUGGUGAGUCCUACAGUGGGUUUGAUCCCCACCACGGAGUUUGCGGCGGCCGGGCAGAUGAUCGACCCGUCGGUCUCCGUCCCCAGCGCCACCGCAACCAUGUUCGCCGCCACCGCUAUCGCCGACCCGCUGCUUGACCCGCAUGGGUCCGCCGAGAGCACGUAUGGAUUCUGUUAGAAAUUUAGUAUCCGUUACAAUACCAAUUGAUGGGUUCAGGAACUUAACUACUCUCUAGAUCGAAAUAUUCUACUACCUGUUAUGUCGACGGUGGGUCUUCAGUAAAUCAUUUAUCAAAUUGUGUAUAUAUAUAUAAACAUUAUACGAGUUCUGGGUCUUUAGUAAAUCAUUUAUCAAAUUGUAUAUA